GCAUUAUGUAGAUUUCUAUACUUCUCUACUGCUUUUCAUGAAAUAGCAUCUCCGUAUUACACGCUUUAGAAAUUACAUACUGUAAAUAGACUUUUUCUUUCAUUCACACAUGGAGAAUGAUUAGAACUUUAGCAUUAAGUCAAAAGAGAUUUUUUUGUUAAAUCUUAUUAAAUAAGCAAACAUGAUUUAAUAAGUUAGGUAAACCGAUCAUUGGAAAAUAAUAUACUCCACAUCUUGAAAAGCAAAAUAAAAAAAUCUAAACAAUUUUUUAUAAAUGUUAUAUAUAAACAAAUUAUAUUUGUACUUUAUGAAUAAUUUAAAGACAAUACAGUAUUAAGAAUAUUUCGCUUUAAAAUGCCAAUUUUCUCUGGGCAACCCCUGAUGGGUUCUUCUUAAGCUUAUACUUAAGGAUUUCUUUCGAUAACAAAGGUCAGAUCAAAUGUUAGUUAAUAAAUAAUAAAAAUAUACGGAAAAAAGGGCCCAAAAUUCACCAAUCCUUUAUUUAAAAAAAAAGAAGAAGAAGAAUUGUGUCAGCAAAAGCAGUAAAAGUGGCAUAUCUUGGGAAAUAAUUUUGAAAGUGGUAUAAGAUGAGAAAAUGCUUUUAUAAAAGUAGUAGCAGUAUAUAUAUAUGGCUAUGAAAAAUGUCCCGAUGCUUUUGCAGUGUGAUGAUUAUAAAGUCAAACAGGAGCAAAUUCCCCUCCUCACAUCACAUGUUCCUCCAUCCUCAACAGCACACUAAACCUCUCCACAUGCUAUUAAGAAUUCCCCCAAUAACCCUGACCCUAGCUAUUCUGGUCCCAAUGAGUUUUGCCCCACCACACUUUUGCCCACACUGAUUCCUAUAAAUUCAUCAGAAUGUCGCAACAACUUAGUUCAAGGCCAUGAAACAAAAGUUGGUUUUGGAAGCAAGCCAAGAAGGCAGCGAAAAAAGAAAAACAUGCUCUAUUAGUUUGAAGAAAGUGGGUCUCCGAAUCUCACUGUUGUUUGUUUCUCAAGAAAAAGGGUGUGUCUAAAAAUGGGCAGGGAUCAGAAAAGUGUGGUAGCUAUGGUUGGCCAGGAGAGAAAAACAAACAAGAAAAAUGGGUCUCUUGGGUUUAGGUCCAUUUUCAUGCAUGCCGAUGGCAAAGAUUUGUUUCUUAUGGUUUUAGGUACUAUUGGGGCAGUUGGGGAAGGCUUGGCCACCCCUCUAGUGUUGUAUAUCAGUAGCCGCAUGAUGAAUAACAUUGGAAUUUCCUCUAACAUGGAUGGAAACACUUUCAUCCAUAACAUCAAUAAGAAUGCAGUGGCUUGGUUAUAUUUGGCUGGUGCCUCUUUUGGGGUUUGCUUCCUCGAGGGUUAUUGUUGGACAAGAACAAGCGAAAGACAAGCGGCGAGAAUGAGAUGCAGGUAUCUGAAAGCAGUACUCAGACAAGAUGUGGAGUACUUUGAUUUGCAUAUAUGUCACGAGCACCUCAGAGAUCAUCACUAGCGUCUCCAGCGACAGCCUCGUAAUUCAAGAUGUUCUUAGUGAAAAGAAGAAAGAAAAUAGCAAGAGAAGGAAGGAUGAUCAUAAUUUAACUAAGAAAACUAAAGAUAAAAAGUAUGCAUUUUACUUCCUGGUGGUGGGGGCUGCUAUAUGGGCUUCUUCAUGGGCAGUUGUUGUUGUUGCAGAGAUUUCGUGUUGGAUAUGGAGCGGGGAGCGGCAAUCAACCACGAUGAGAAUCAAGUAUCUAGAGGCUGUAUUGAACCAGGACAUUCAAUUCUUCGACACCGAGGUUCGGACAUCCGACAUAGUUUUUGUCAUCAACACCGAUGCUAUCAUGGUCCAGGAUGCCAUUAGUGAGAAGUUGGGGAAUUUCAUUCACUACAUGGCCACCUUUGUUUCUGGCUUUGUUGUGGGUUUCACUGCUGUGUGGCAAUUGGCUUUGGUGACUCUUGCUGUUGUCCCUAUGAUAGCUGUGAUUGGAGGCAUUCACACUGUCACCUUGGCUAAGCUCUCUGGCAAGAGCCAGGAAGCUCUUUCUCAAGCUGGCAACAUUGUGGAACAGGGGAGACUUCAGAGUAUAUUAAAGUUCAAUCCUAAUUUACCUUUGCCUUUUCUAGAGAUGGCUACAUCAUAGCUCAAUAGUGAACGGGUUGUGGUCAAGGAAAAAAUCAACCCUAAAGAAAGAUCAGUGCAUAAUGCUUUGCAAUUUUCUAAGAAAACAUUUUGGAUGAUGAUAAGGUUUUAAUCAAAUUUCGUUCUGAUCAUAGUAUUGGAUUUGUUGCAUUUGAUGGAGCAUUAUAUAUGGUCAUGAGUCACAAUUUAUCUCAUUAUUAUGAUGUGGCAAGCCAUAAUAUGAUCUUUGAACUUGUCUGGAGUAUACAUAUUGAAUUUAAAUUUUUCUUUAAGAAAAAAA